GUCGGUGACUCGUUUUGGACUCGCUCGAACUCAGUUGUUUCCUUCCUUCCUUCCUUCAUUCACGAACACACAUAUUUUUCGUAUUUUCUGAAUUUCUGAUAUUCCCUCAUAACAUAACUCUUCUCUUUCUCUCUCUAUAAAAAACGAACAACACGAAGAAAUUAUUCAAUCAAUUAACAAUUUCCAAAUGCAAAUGAAGAUGAGAGAGCGGGAAAUGGCGGCUUCAACCGAUUCUGUUUCGGUCGACAUUGAUGCCUUCUCUCCUCCUCCAAAGGAACAUAUUGUAAGAACACAUUAUGGUUAUGUCUCUGUUGCUGUAUAUGGAGACCCAGAGAAGCCAGCUCUUAUAACAUAUCCUGAUUUGGCUUUGAAUUAUGUCUCCUGCUUUCAGGGGUUAUUAUUCUGUCCCGAAGCAUCCACCCUUUUGCUCCACAAUUUCUGCAUAUAUCACAUCAGUCCCCCCGGACAUGAGUUGGGAGCUCCUGAGAUUGUUCCAGAUUAUCCAAUUCUUUCUGUUGACGACCUAGCAGAUCAAAUAGCCGAGGUUCUCAACUUUUUUGGUCUUAGUGCAGUAAUGUGCAUGGGAGUAGCUGCCGGGGCUUACAUUCUUACCUUAUUUGCUAUGAAGUAUAGACAACGUGUACUUGGUUUGAUACUUGUUUCACCUCUAUGCAAAGAACCAUCUUGGACUGAGUGGUUGUGCAACAAGGUCAUGUCAAAUUUACUCUAUUUUUGUGGCAUGUGCGGGGUGGCAAAGGAAAUGUUGCUGAAGCGGUACUAUAGCAAGGACAUUCGAGGUGGUGCUCAAUUCCCAGAGUCAGAUAUAGUUAAAGCUUGCCGAAGGUCACUGGACGAGAUGCACAGUUUGAAUGUGUGGCGGUUCCUUGAAGCUAUUAAUGGGAGGCCGGAUUUAAGUGAAGGAUUGAGAAAAUUAAAUUGCCGUUCACUAAUUUUUGUUGGGGAUAUGUCUCCUUUCCACUCAGAAGCUCUCCAUAUUACUUCAAAGUUAGACAGGCGAUUCAGUGCCCUAGUUGAGGUUCAAGCAUGCGGGUCAAUAGUGACAGAGGAGCAGCCUCAUGCUAUGUUAAUACCAAUAGAGUACUUUCUGAUGGGAUAUGGCUUGUACAGGCAAUCCAAGAGUCUCAGCCCUAGAAGUCCGUUGAGUCCAUCUUGGAUCUCGCCGGAGCUUUUUACGCCAGAGAGCAUGGGUUUGAAAUUGAAACCGAUAAAGACACGAAUUCCCACGUAAACCCAGUAGAUGAAUGAGGUUGCUUCUGAUUUUUGAUCUGUUUAAUUGAAUUCUGGGGUUAGUUGGAUAUCUGAUGAAUGAAGUGAUUCCAGAUUGCUUGUAGAUAAAGGUGAUGAUGAAAAUAAGAAAUCAACCACAAAAGAAAUGGGAAGAAUUUGGUUGAAAUCAACAGAUAGUAAUUCUUUGAUUUGUAAUCAUAUAGAUAUUUUAAUUGAUGAUCUGAAGCCUGAAUGGUAGAUAAAGCUUCGGAAUUGUCGUUUUUGGAUUACCAAAAAGAGAAACAAAAGGAUGUUGUGGUUAUGAUUGUAAAGCAAACAUGGAGGGCAAAUUGUUACUUCAUGCAAAUGUCUUGUUUCUUAAGUAAUUUCAUCAUGUUGAAAUA